UUUAAGAUGGAUAAAGCAUGACGAAUCCAAAUAACCAGACCAACGGUGCCAGCUUGGAGGAUUGCCACACGAAUUUCUUCGCUCUGACCGACCUAUGCGGCAUAAAAUGGCGUAAAGUUGUCUGGGGGGAAUGGGGCGAUUGCGGAGACGACGUCCUGGAGGACCCGGUGCUGGCCUCUUACGUCAGGUGCCUUUCUGCAGACAUCCUCUGCGUCUGGAGAAGGGUCUCCGCACCGCCGACACCCCCAAGGUCAGAUGUCCUGUUCGACCAGCUGGGCAUAGCAGCACCUCCUCCGCCCCCCAACCAUCCACCACUGGCACUCCACACGGCCAAAGAGCUUUGGAUAUUCUGGUACGGUGAAGAGCCAGACUUGUCCGCCCUCGUCUCACCCGAGCUCCUGUCAUCCGACAGUGAGCAAGGGUCAUGGGAAAGCGGUUUAUCUUAUGAAUGCAGGUCACUACUGUUCAAAGCAUUGCACAACUUAAUUGAAAGGUGUUUAUUAUCAAGAGACUUCAUAAGGCUUGGUAAAUGGUACGUCCAGCCGUAUGAUAGCUCAGAGAAGUUGAUAGAAAAGAGUGGUCAUCUUUCAUUUUCAUUUGACUUUUUCGUACAUGGAGAAAGUUCAGUGUGUGCAAGUGUCGAUGUCAGACAGCAUCCCGCCGUAAGGACAUUGUUAAGCAGCCAUCUGCACCAGGCCCAGAGUGGACUUCAUUCCUCUCCCCCAGUUCAUGUCAUCCUGGCACCUUUCGGUUUGGCCGGUACACUAACAGGUCAGAGCUUCAGGUCUGUCGAUCGCCAAACACAAAGGCUUUUGGAAGGAUGGAAACAAUUCUACCCCAUCGACAAGAGCAUUGCUGAAAACAGUGAUUUACCCCCUGCUGUGGAAGUUAUAGUGGGAGGUAUGAAGAUGAGGUACCCAUCAGCUUAUGUCUUGAUAACUGACUUGGAUGAGAGUACUUCAAAUUUAUUUAACAACCAGCUUACAAAUACUUCUUGGCCGUUACCACCUUUGAGAGGUGUACAUAGAGCAGGACACUUAGCUGAGAGAAUAUGGCAAGAGUCUUGUAUCGUUCCUUCUUCAACAAAUCUAAAUAGCACCAUCAUUGGUAACUCUGGUAAUAAAGUCAACCACAACAAUGGCAUCACUGUGAACAAUGCAAAUAAUAACAGCAACAUCAGUAAUAACAGCAGCAGUGACAGCAAUCCAAGUGUCAUCAACAACACCAACAGCAACACACCAAAUACUCUCACUAGCACUAACAUUAAUACUAAUAACAAUGGAAUCAACAAUACAAACAAUACUGCAAAUGCCAAUAAUACUCCUGGUGCAAUGGGUGUGACUACAGGCACUACUUCCAAUACCAGUGGAGCCACAUCGUCCAAUUCUACCGGAAGUAAUACCAACGGAAGCAAUAAUAAUACUAUUGUACCCCUUGCCACCCCUGGUCAGUGGCAUUUUGUUGAUCCUACUCGAAAGCAAAGCUGCACCUGUUCUUGCAAGAGGAGCAAAGUUCGUGUGGUUGGAGGAGGGGUGGCCGCUUUCCACAGGCGGACCACCACACAACCUUCCACACAGCGCCUUGGCCAAAGGCUGAACUGCCCCAGCUCAGGUCAAACCGACUCAAUUCCAAUCGCAUCAGUUGGAUCUCCUACUUCAGCUGCAGCAUCUCCUUCAAUGACGAGCGUUCCUCCUCCCGAUCCAACAAUGCCCACAUUGUCCCCUCAGCCCCCAGCAUCACACCAAAGUCCCCUUGAUGAUAAGGUAGUCACAACACCGACAGAUUUCAGCGCACCAAAAUCAGUUUCAUCCAUUUCUAAUCAGGUAUUGUCACCGUAUGGUGAGGUUGCAAAAUGUGAGCAGAUCAAAACUCCAGCAGGCAGAACUCCUUCAGGGCCUUCUUGCACAGCCCCCACACCUCCUCCCAUGCCACCUGCUCAAAUUUUGAAAAGACCUGUACUUAAUUCUUCAGAGUAUGAAGAAUCUCUCCUCCAGGAGCAUUCUCCUUCACACUUACUCUAUGAUUACUCAACUUUAGAGGCCUGGUUGAAUCACCCUGUUAAAAGGUUUAAACCAGCAGUGCCCAAUAGUCACACGGUACAAACACUUCAACAGGUUUUCAAACAAGAACCAGCUCCUACUCCAAUGGAGACGGAUGCUGUUGGAUAUGGUCCACGGCCUGGUGAUCCAUAUGAAUUUGAUGAAGAAGGUAUGGGCGUUCGAGUUGAUACUUUCAAGAGAGCACCAAAUAUCAAGGAAGAAGAAAAAACCUUGAUGAAUGGCACCUCCCAAGGGAAAAUAGGCACAAAUUUGUUUACAAGUGAAGGCCUUCAAGUUUCUUGUAAUGACCUCGAUAGGCUUUUUGACCAGUCUGAUGAUAAUUCUGGAGAUGAAUCUAUGCAGGUUACUCCUCCAAGCUCAAAUAAACCACCAGAAGAUUGUGGUAUGACAACUAUAGUGAGACAAACAUGUCCGACAUCAGGAAUUCUCAGACCAGAGGAACUGGUGAAAAUGUUUCCAACACCCCCUUCUUUAGAGCACAAUCCAGUUGCUUCCCCAAUCGCCGGUCUUGUUGGUGAUGUGGUUCCAGAUAUAACACAUUCUCAACCUCCGGCUCUUCUCGGAAGCCCUAAUCAUGAACCUAUACAGGAUUGGUCCUUUGUUUUUAAACCUUCACCAGUAAGUAAGUUUGUGGGAUCAAGCAAAUAUGCCCCUCUUACGGUACUGCCAAGCCACAGCCUUCCACCAGUGACCAUCCCAAGUAAUUGCAUUUAUAAACCAUCAUGGUCACUACCACUCCAAGAAAAACAGGCAAACAGCACAAACGUGAGCAACAGAUCUGGAAAUAAUAACAAUCAGGUGUCCACUCCUUCAAACAACAGCAAUACUCCCAGUCCUGGCGUCUGGGGAGGAAGUAAUACUGGAUCUGCAACUGGGACAAACGUGACUCAAAAUAGAGGAAACGGUUCUAGUGUAAUACCUCCUGCUGCUCCCGCUCCGCCACCAUAUUCCUCACCGACGCCAAAUCUCCCUUACCCCGCUCCCCCUAAGCUCGAAACCCCGCAACCAGUUCCACCAGAGGCCAAUUCUCUUGUCGUCAUUGUCCUUCUCACAGACACUGCCUUCAAUAUCUUCCGGGACCACAACUUUGACAGUUGCACACUUUGUGUGUGCAAUGCUGGACCAAAGGUUGUUGGAAAUAUUAGAGGUGGAGAUGCCAGUAUGUAUCUUCCAAUGCAAGGAGGCAGCAGUUCACCUCCUUGGGGUACACCAUCGCCACAUUUGUCCAUUGAAGAAGAGCCCAUUAGAUGCAACUGUGGUUUCAGCGCUGUUGUCAACAGAAGGCUCUCCCACCGAGCUGGACUCUUUAUCGAAGAUGAAUUUGAAAUUACUGGCAUGUUGGAAGAACCAUGUGAAAGGGAGAACAGUGGCAUCGGUGGUCUUGGAAAAAUUGAAAUGGAACUAAUGCAGGCCCAGUGUCUCGUUAUAAACAGCAUGAGCAAUGCUCUGUAUAGAGCAGCCAACCAAUACAGGCAUAUGACGCCUGUGCCUAAUGUAAAUAUGCUUGCCUUAAGGGAUAGCAAUCAUCUAUCUGCAGUUGCGCUGGAGCAGGGAAGGAUAGCCCAUGGAACCAACAAUCCUUCAAUGUGCAAGAUGGAAGAACUGGGAUGUGCAAGAGCUGGAUUGGGUUCAAGUUCAGUGCACAGGUGGGGAUUUAUUAGGGCAAAGGGCCCGGCUUGUAACCAGGACAUAGUUCGUGUUAUGAAACAGCUUCAGCCAUUAUUGCAAGAUGCCAUGCAAAAGAAGUGCAGUACUCGACUGUGGGAAGCGCCCACUGUUUCAGGCCCACUCACAUGGAGGCAAUUUCACAGAUUGGCUGGCCGAGGUACUGAUGACAAAUGUGAACCACAGCCUAUACCUUCGUUGAUAGUUGGAAGAGAAAAAGACUGGGUUUCACUUGCACCUUACGCAGUGCCUUUAUGGGACGAACUCCUUCUAGAACCCUAUUCUUACAGUAGAGACAUUGCCUAUGUCGUAGUGGCUCCCGACAAUGAUUUUGUCCUCUCGAGAGUGCGGUCAUUCUUCAAAGAACUAUCAGCUACAUACGAAGUAUGUAGACUGGGUCGCCAUUGUCCAAUCACAAAAGUUCUGCGUGAUGGAAUUUUGAGGGUUGGAAAAAGUGCCGCAUUAAAGUUAGCUAAGGAACCUCUCGAUGACUGGUUUUCUCUACUUGGCGAUAACAAUGUGUCAAAUAUGCUUAAACUGUAUGCACAGGUUUGUAGGCAUCAUCUGGCACCUCACUUAUCCCAAGUAACUAUAGAUCGAACGCUCCUUGAUCCUCCUGAGAGUUCUACUUCUCCAAGGAAUCCAACAAUCGACAGACCUGCACCUUCUCCCAGGUCUGAACAACCAAAUACGCCAAAACCACAAGAAAAUCAAGAUGAUACUAGUAGUAAUACUGGUAGUGACUUUGGAACAAGCAGUGGUGGUGUAGGUGGGGGCGGAGUCUCCAAUGGUGGGCACUGCCCAAAUUUUGAGGACGACGGUUCAGAGCCUCCAGCGAUUGUCGUCUACCUCGUCGAGCCAUUUACACUUGCAUCAGAUAGUCCUGAUUUGCAACGACUUGCCUGCAUUGCUCUUCUCAGAGCUUUUAACACGGUCCUUUCUAACAUUCCAGAAACUGUCAAAUCCAACAUCACGUUACAAAUCAUUUCUUUGGAGAGCAUAGUAGAGAAUGGAAGAAGUGGAGAUACUAAUAGAAGAGGGGAUCAUAUGAGAUCUUUGGCGCUUUCAGUUUUUUCACAGUGCAGAAAGACAAUGUCUCACAGUACUAACAAUGUUAAAGCUCUGACUGGUUUUGGUACCGCAGCCAGCAAUGAAAUAUUCCUUAAAAAUAAAGAUAAUGUUUUAUUGCAGGAGAAGAACAGGGCUCCGUACAAGGUGUAUACACCUGCGUACAUCUUAGCUAAAAGUAAAGACAAGGUUCUACCUAACUCUGGAUCUACUGCGGCAGCAGGAGAAGGAGCUGUAUCUGGCCCGGACCAUUGUUCUAUCCUCUACGUCAGUUACUGUCUGUCAGAAGACCAGCGCUGGCUGUUAGCUUCGGCGACCGAUGAACAAGGCCUCAUAUUAGAAACGGUCACCAUCAACAUUCACAUUCCGAAUAGGAGUAGAAGGAGGAAAGCUUCUGCACGUAAAGCGGGCUUGCAAAAGCUAAUGGAUUUUAUGCUGAGCGUCAUGAGCCAGUCUGUCACACCUUGGAGGCUUGUUGUAGGACGAGUCGGAAGAAUUGGACAUGGAGAGCUCAAAGGGUGGAGUUGGCUUUUGAGCAAAAAGUCACUCAUGAAAGCAUCAAAGCAUUUGAAAGAAAUUUGUGGACAAUGUAAACUACUCUACCCGAACGAUGUUCCUUGCAUUCUCAGCGCCUGCCUUGUUUCAUUGGAACCAGAUUCGGCGUUAAGACUUAUGACAGAUCAGUUCACGCCUGAUGAAAGGUUCAGUCAAGCAAGUGUCAAGUGUCAGCUUUCAACUCCACACGACGUUACAGCAACCCAUAUUCUUGUCUUCCCAACAUCAGCAACAACUCAGUCGUCUCAGACUGCAUUCCAAGAACAACAUAUUAAUGAUCCUGAACUUGGUGAUGAUGAACUUUUCUCCGUUCUUGAUGAUGAUAUGCCAGAAGGGAUGAGUGAGUUCAAUGAUAUCUUUGCCACAUGGCCCGACCCUGAGGCGGGCGGACCGAGGAGCCCAACAGGAAGCCCUAGAGCAAGACAAGAUUCCGCUCCAGGAAGCCCAGCCGGAGGUCUCACACCCCAUCAGCAUAGUCCAUACCAGCACCCGAACAGAAGUGGAGAUGGAAACGAAGAAGUAGGUACUGUACUACAGCAACCGUUGGCGCUAGGUUUCCUCGUAUCGACAGCCCCAACUGGUAGGAUGCCUCGAUGGUUCUGGGCGGCUUGUCCACAUCUGGAAACCUCGAACCCGGCAUUUUUGAAAAAUGCCCUGCACCUACAUUCAACAGCGAUCCAACAAAAUUCGGACGAUUUACUUCAACAACAAACUGCUGUAGCUGGACAUCCUCUCGACUCGCAAUACACAACUGAUGUUUUGAGGUACGUUCUGGAAGGGUAUAAUGCUCUUUCCUGGUUGGCUUUGGAUUCUAACAGCCAUGACAGGUUGUCAUGCCUUCCAAUACAUAUGCAGGUCUUAAUGCAGCUAUAUCACAUGACUUCUGCACUUGCUUGACCUGUCGAUAAUUUAUUUUAAACUUUUAGACAAACUUUUUAAUGGAAUUCCUUCAUAGUUAUACCACUGCCUAAUUCCCACUAUUGUAAAUAUAUUUAAAGAUGUACAAAGUUCAA